AUGAAUGCCCUUCGGAGCCAGAAGUAUGCUCUGGAAGAGCGUUUGUCGGCUCAGAGUAUGCAACUGGAGGAGUUACAGGCGAAACAGAGUGCUACAGUGGCCGCGUUGGAGGAGGAAAAGCGUAUGCUGGCUGACGAGGUGUCUUCUCUAAAGAACAUUGAGACGGAGGUGAUGGCGCGAUGCAAUGAGAAGGACGACCGCGUGGCCCAGCUGGAGAGUGAACUGUCAUUGCUGUCAGAGCAGCUAGAAGUGGCAACCUCAAAGUUGGAGACGUCGAGCGCUGAGGCCGGUGGCGAGAUGAAUGCCCUUCGGAGCCAGAAGUGUGCUCUGGAAGAGCGUUUGUCGGCUCAGAGUAUGCAACUGGAGGAGUUGCAGGCGAAACAGAGUGCUACAGUGGCCGCGUUGGAGGAGGAAAAGCGUAUGCUGGCUGACGAGGUGUCUUCUCUAAAGAACAUUGAGAUGGAGGUGAUGGCGCGAUGCAAUGAGAAGGACGACCGCGUGGCCCAGCUGGAGAGUGAACUGUCAUUGCUGUCAGAGCAGCUAGAAGUGGCAACCUCAAAGUUGGAGACGUCGAGCGCUGAGGCCGGUGGCGAGAUGAAUGCCCUUCGGAGCCAGAAGUGUGCUCUGGAAGAGCGUUUGUCGGCUCAGAGUAUGCAACUGGAGGAGUUGCAGGCGAAACAGAGUGCUACAGUGGCCGCGUUGGAGGAGGAAAAGCGUAUGCUGGCUGACGAGGUGUCUUCUCUAAAGAACAUUGAGACGGAGGUGAUGGCGCGAUGCAAUGCGAAGGAUGAUGCGAGUGGAAUAGUGGGUGCUGCUGAUGGUCGUGAUAUCCGCAAAACUGGUAAGAACGAUGAUGAUAUUGAUAUUUGA